AUGACGGAUAGCGAAAGACAACCGCUAUUACAAGAGCCAAAUCAGGGAGAAAGAGAUAUUGCAAUAGAAACAGAGGGAGUGACCAAAGCCAAACAUGAAAAAACAUAUUGGAACCGAGUCAGAAUAUUACUCUUCGGAAUAGGUCUCAUAGUAGUUGGACUUAUAUUUUUCGUACUGGUUUAUGUUACACGUGUGGUACCCAAUGAUGAAUCCUUCAAAGAAUAUGCAGGAAACAUAACGAAUGUGGACGUUCAAGAUGUGUCUUUUGAUGGAUGGACGCAUAUAAAUAAGCAAAGAUAUUAUAAGAUAAAGUUGCAAAGCUCUGUGUGGUUGGAUUACGAAGCAGGCUCAUCUAUCUCAGAUAGUCAGAAGCAGAUUGCUUCCUUCUUAGGUGGUAAAAUCGCCAGAGAAGUCUGUUUUGACUUAAACAAACUUGAUACAUAUCAACAAGAGAACGACACAACUCAAAUAUCAUUGGGAUCUAUUAUUAUUCCAGAGACAGUCUGUAUUGAUUUGAGACAUAAUAAAACUACGGAUCUAGAUUUAUUGGUUUUGAUCAAGCCAAACACUGAUAAAUUAAUCCCAAUAUUAAAACAAAUAUGGGAAAAGAAAUACGAAGGACUUAAUAUCUGGAGUAGUGUUAACCUAGAUCUUAAGAAAAAAAUAUUUUCACGCGAAUUUGUUUUAUGGAAAUUCAACCAAGUUCACCUUUACUGGCAAGAUUUUGGAAUUUGGGAGAGAUUACUCACAUCGCUUAGGCAUCUCUCCGAAAAUAUUAACGACACAGUCGAACAAAUUGAAAUAAAUGACAUUACACUGAAGGAGCUGAAAAAUGGUUAUGAAGUGUAUUGCAGUGUAGGAGUUCCGAACCCAUUACCAGAAUCACAUAUCAAUUUAUCUCCUGAAGUGAUUUUGGCGCCUCAAAUUCAAUGGUACCCCACUUUGCCUGGCUGUCUCAAAAAUGAAGGUAUAGAACUAGAGAACGUCAUUAUAUCUAGUCCGGAAUUAGACUGGAAUUCAAUGCUAAGUGAUUUCGUUAAUUUGACGAUAAAAGCCAACCUGAUAGGAGAACUACCGGAUGAUUUUUUAAACCACGUUUGUUCUUCAGACGAUUCGAACAUCAUAACCCCAAUGUCCAAGUUCCUCAGUAACCUUCUAGAUCCAAAAAGUCUAAUAGAUAUGAAAAUAGAAUGUUCAAGUUUGGAAAAGCCAAGUAAAUCCAAAGCCAUUCUUGAAGACUACGAUAUAAUACGCCCUUUCCUUGACACUUCUUUUUCCUUGAAUUACACUGUUAAUAUAGAUGAUAUUGUACAAGAAGUCAAUACGAGAGGUAUAAAGCUAGAAUGGUCUACUGACUUUCUUGGUCGCCGGCGGCUCAAUAUCAAAGGAAAAAUUGUGGCAAAAGUCCAAAUACCUUUUUACCAGGUAAAAGAGGACACAACAUUGUCAAUGGAAAGAAUUAAAGGUCACACAAAAUUAUACCAUAAUGACGUCCAUAUGCUCACCGUUCCAUUAGAUUAUUGGACUAACUGUUCUAGCCAAGUUAUAUUAGAUGAAUCUGAUCCUACAAAAUCAUACUUUGAUGUGUCUUUUGAUAUUGAUAAUGACCAAGUCAUUGUGGAAGAUACUUUAGAGUUAACACAUUGCAUCAAUGAGAUUGUGUUCAAGGGUGAAUCACUAAUCUUUUUGAAGGGAAAAUUAGAUUUGAUGGUGACAACGAGCAUAGGUGACAUAGUUUUAUUAAAGUUACCGGGAGAAGGUUCCACCAUAGUUAGGGCUUAA